AAUCAACCAUAUCCAUCAACGAUAACUCCUUUGAACAACCGGAAGUUGGUAGAUUGUUCAAGGUCGAGGGCAAAUGCUGUAAUAUUUCUUGCAGAUUUCUCGUGAGAGAAGCGUUAGGCCUAGCUUCUUCUUAAGACUUUAGCACUUUAUUUAUCAACACUGAGAACAAGCAUUUACACAGAUCAAGAUGGUUGUUAUGUCAAGGUUUGCAGAAUCUCUACCUGAGGGUUAUGGUCAUGUUGUUUUAAUUGGUGUUGGAAGUGUAUUUGUCAACAUGUGGAUGGCCAUCAAUGUUGUUCGUGCAAGAAAGAAGUUUGAAAUUGAAUACCCAACACUUUACAGCCCAACAAAUAAAGAAUUUAACUGUAUUCAGAGAGCCCACCAAAACACUUUGGAAGGUUACCCACAGUUUUUAUUGCUGUUGUUUGUUGGUGGACUCCAGUAUCCUAAAAUUACAGCUGCAACGGGUCUGGUGUAUUUAGUUGGAAGAGUUGCAUAUGCUAUUGGUUACUACACAGGAGAGCCUGAGAAAAGAAGAUAUGGAAGUAUACCCCUUUCUCUCAGUCAGUUGGUCAUGUUGGGCAAUGUCAUCUCUUUUGCAUUCCAUCAGUUAAGAUGGGCUCCAUGUAAUUAAAAA